CACAUCCGCAUCCUACAGCAGCAGUCACGUGACUCCCCCGGAUUCCGUCUGCUGCAAGUAAAACGGACACGGAUCACAUCCUCCAAGGACGAUGAAGUUGAUCGUCCUCAAUGACUACGAGCAGGCCAGCGAGUGGGCUGCAAAGUACAUCAGAAACAAGAUCCUAUUGUUCCGACCUGGUCCGGACAGAUUUUUUACCCUGGGGCUUCCCACAGGAAGCACCCCUAUGGGUUGUUACAAGAAACUAAUCGAGUACUACGAGAUGGGCCAAAUCUCAUUUCAGUAUGUAAAAACCUUCAACAUGGAUGAAUACGUAGGACUUCCCAGAGAUCACCCUGAGAGCUACCACUCCUUCAUGUGGAAUCAAUUCUUCAAGCACAUAGACAUAAAAGCAGAGAACACCCACAUCCUUGAUGGCAACGCCGCUGACCUACAAGCAGAGUGUGCAGCAUUUGAGGAGAAGAUAACAGCUGCCGGAGGGAUCGAGCUCUUUGUCGGAGGUAUUGGACCAGAUGGCCACAUUGCCUUCAAUGAGCCUGGUUCAAGCCUGGUUUCCAGGACUAGGGUGAAGACCCUGGCAAAGGACACUAUCGUGGCCAAUGCUCGAUUCUUUGAUGGAGAUCUCUCAAAGGUACCGACCAUGGCACUGACGGUGGGAGUGGGCACAGUCAUGGACGCAAAAGAGGUCCUGAUUCUCAUCACUGGAGCACACAAGGCCUUUGCCUUAUACAAAGCUAUAGAGGAAGGUGUGAAUCACAUGUGGACAGUGUCCGCUUUCCAGCAGCACCCGCAGACAGUUUUUGUGUGUGAUGAAGACGCCACAUUGGAACUGCGGGUCAAAACUGUAAAAUACUUCAAAGGGAUGAUGCACGUUCACAACAGGCUGGUGGAGACACUUCCCUCAGUGCCAAAGAAGAACUGAGGCUAUCAUGUCCUCGUAAUUGUUGAUCCAUAAGGCAUUUUUUCAAAACUUUAAAGAGAGUGAUGACCCCCAAAUAAAAAACAAUCCUGUUGCACCUUGA